AUGGCAGUGGCCCGGGGAGUCGGAAGCCCGGAGCCAGCGCCGCCGCAGCUAUAUAAGUGGGGGGGCUGUGAGUUGGGGGAGCCCGGCUGCGCUUUGGAGAGGCGAGGAGCCACCGCCCGAGGCGGUGCCGGCGAGCGAGGGCGCCGCCGCUCCCUGACCCCUUUCCCGGAGGUGAGCGCCCAGAGCCAGAAGCCCGGGCGCCUGGCUGUGCGCGCCGCGGGGCGCCCCGACCGCCGGCCUCCUCGCCACCCGCGCGCCCAAGCCCAGCGGGCGAGGCCUCGGGCGCCCCGCAGCCGCCGCCGCGCCAUGCUCCACCUUAGCGAGUUUUCCGGCCCCGACGCGCUCCUCAAGUCCACCGAAGGCUGUUGUGCCGAACCCAGCGCGGAACUCUCCCGGCUGCCAGCCAGGGACGCUCCCGCGGCCCCGGGCUACCCUGGAGGAGACUUCCUGAGCUGGGCCUUGAGCAGCUGCGGCGCCGGGGGGGACUUAGCCGACUCCUGCUUCCUGGAGGGCCCUGCGCCCACGCCCCCUCCUGGCCUCAGCCUCAGUGGUAGCUUCUUCAUUCAGGCGGUACCCGAACACCCGCACGAUCCAGAGGCACUCUUCAACCUCAUGUCGGGCAUCUUAGGCCUGGCACCUUUCCCCAGCCCCGAGGCGGCAGCAUCCCGGGCCCCCGUGGAUGCCCCCUUCCCCGCGGGGCCGGACGCCUUGCUGUCGGGUCCUCCGGACCUUUACUCCCCGGAUCUGGGCGCGGCCGCCUUCUCAGAGGCGUUCUGGGAGGCUUCGCCUUCCGCGGGCGCCCCCUCGCAGUGCCUGUAUGAGCCUCAGCUCUCCCCGCCCGACGUCAAGCCGGGCCUCAGGGCGCCUCCAGCCUCUCCAGCGCUGGACGCAGUCUCUGCCUUCAAGGGUCCCUACGCUCCCUGGGAGCUGCUUUCUGGUGGGGCCCCGGGGAACUGUGGGUCACAGGGAGGCUACCAGGCCGUCCCCGAAGCUCGUUUCCCCUCAGUAGGGACCAAAAUUGAGGACCUGCUGUCCAUCAGCUGCCCCGCGGAGCUGCCAGCCGGCCCAGCCAACAGACUCUACCCCACCGGGGCCUACGACACUUUCCCGUUGGCCCCGGGUGACAUAGGGGAAGGAGCCGAGGGCCUCCCGGGGCUCCUCUCCCCUCCUAGUGGGGAGGGAGGGAGUGGCGGCGACGGUGGAGAGUUCUUGACCGGUACGCCGCCUCAGCUUUCCCCGCUGGGCCUUCGCAGCGCCGCCACGGCAGACUUCCCAAAACCUCUGGUGGCCGACAUCCCUGCGAGCAGUGGUGUGGCCGCGCCACCCGUGCCGCCGCCACCCGCCCCUUUCCCCCCGACCAAGGCGCGGCGCAAAGGGCGCCGGGGCGGCAAGUGCAGCGCGCGUUGCUUCUGCCCGCGGCCGCACGCCAAGGCCUUCGCUUGCCCGGUGGAGAGCUGUGUGCGCAGCUUUGCGCGCUCCGACGAGCUCAACCGCCACCUGCGCAUCCACACCGGCCACAAGCCCUUCCAGUGCCGCAUCUGCCUCCGCAACUUCAGCCGCAGCGACCACCUCACCACGCACGUGCGCACCCACACGGGCGAGAAGCCCUUUGCCUGCGACGUGUGCGGCCGCCGCUUCGCGCGCAGCGACGAAAAGAAGCGGCACAGCAAGGUGCACCUCAAGCAGAAGGCGCGCGCUGAGGAGCGGCUCAAGGGCCUCGGCUUUUACCCGCUGGGCCUCUCCUUCGCCGGCCUGUGA